CUGUGUCCCUCGGACACAGCAGAUCACCGAUCAACGGAAAGAGCUGAAGAUUUCGGCUCGGUCAUGUGAUCAGCUGUGUCCAAUCACAGCUGAUCUCAUGGGGACAUGUACACUGAUCAUCGGGGCACUGAUGAUCAGUGUAGUCCCAGCAGUGCCAACUGUCAAUGUCCAUCAAUGCCAGCUGUCAGUGCUCAUCAGUGCCACCUGCCAGUGUCCAUCAGUGCCACAUCAAUGCCACAUAUCAGUGCCUACCAGUGCACAUCAAUGCCACAUAUGAGUGCCCAUCUGAGCUGCCUUUCAGUGUCACCUAUCUGUGCCAGUCAGUGCCACAUAUCAGUGCUGCCAAUCAGUGCCAGUCAGUGCCACCACCUAUCAGUGCCAGUCAGUGCAAACUAUCAGUACACAUCAGUGCCGCCUAUCAGUGCCCAUCAGUGCUGCAUAUCAGUGCCACCUAACAGUGCCAGUCAGUGCCCGCGUAUCAGU